CUCAGAUACCAGUCAUAUCGAGGUGUUGUGUCCGCUAGGCAAUUGUAAGCUGAAGGUGUGAAAAGCACUAGUUUUAUUUUUAAUUAGUGCUACUGUGGUUUGUUUUUUAGUUCGAAACUAACCGUUACCAGGCACAGUAUGAUCGUUCUGCUAUUUAUUAUUGUAGUGCUUUGCUCUGUGCUCUAUCUCAAUCAUAGACGAAGGUACAAGUUUGCCGAUAGUUUGCCCGGGUUGAAACCGGUGUAUCCGAUACUAGGAAAUGGGGACAUUAUGCUAGGGAAAAGUGAUGUGCAACGGUUUGACACGAUGGUGAAAAUAUGCCGUAACAAUGAUAGGCUCGUUAAGGUGUGGGCCGGACCACGGUUGCUGCUUUUCACCUGCCAUCCUGAUUUGAUCCAACAAAUUCUGUCUAAUCCAGACUGUUCGGAGAAACCUUUUCUGUACAAGUUUGCCGGAUUCGAGCAAGGAUUGUUCACGGCGAAGCACAAGCUGUGGCGCGUGACACGAAAACGGCUCAAUUCCUGCUUCAACCAGCGCAUUCUGCACGGCUUCAUCCCAACGUUCGUAACCUGUGCCCGGCGGAUGGCAGAGAAAUUAAACGAGCUACCGGAUGGUGCGACGGUCAAUAUCCACAAAUAUACCUCGCUGUGCACACUGGAGAUGGCCUGCGGAACUACGCUUGGCAGUACCAUAUUGCAGCGGAAGGAGGACAAGGAGCAGUUCGUGAAAGGUCUCGAUGUUGCAUUUAACGGUGCAGCCCGACGGAUGGUUAGUGUUCAUUUGUAUUUGGACUUCGUGUAUCGCUUUACCAAGUAUUACUCCGAGAUCAUGCAAGCAAGAAAAGUGGUGUGUGACUUUUUCAACGAGUUAAUUUCUGAACGGAAAAAUUUCUUAGAUAGCGAUAGACAGAACAACAAUAGCGACACUGCCGAUAAUCACAAACCGAAACGUUUAAUAGAUGAGCUCUUAAGUGUUUCUGAAGACGGAAAGACUUUCAGCGAGACACAGAUCAUAGACAACAUUUAUGCGGUUGUUACUGGGGCUAACGAUACAUCCGGUUUGCUCAUAGCCCACGCUUGUUUGUUCUUGUGUUUCCACAAAGACAUCCAGGAGAAACUGUUCCAGGAAAUUACGGAACACUUACCGGGCGAGGAGAUAGACAUAAAUCCAGAUACGUUAAAGCAACUGGAAUAUUUGGAGAUGUUUCUCAAAGAAUGUCUGCGUCAUUGUCCUGUGGCUCCGAACGUUGCAAGGGAAAAUAUGGCCGAGCUGCAAAUCGAUGGUGUGAAAGUGCCCGCCGGUAAUAUUUUCGUUAUGAACUUCUAUGCACUACACCGGCGGAAAGACGUUUGGGGUCCGGACGCGGAAGCAUUUGAUCCACUGAAUUUUUCCGAAGCACGAAGCAAGGAUCGACACCCGUUUGCGUACCUACCGUUCAGCGGGGGUAGCCGGAUAUGCAUCGGCUGGCGGUACGCUAUGUUCAGCAUGAAGAUUAUGCUGAUUUAUUUGAUUCGGAAUUUUAAAUUCGACACGAAGAUACGACGGGAAGAGGUGCGGUAUAGGCACGAUUUAACAAUGAAGUUACCGUUUGAUCACAUGGUGCAGGUUCAUAAAAGGAUUACGGCAAAGGAAAGAUUAUCUCAAUCGUAUGUAUAAUAUGAAGGUACUGGAUUAGUUUGAUUGAAAUAU